UUCUUCUUCAUCUCUCUCUCUUCCUGUGUUGGGAUCUGAAGUUUACUCACGCAACCUCUCCUUCUCUUUUCCCCUUACCCCGAGUGCCGCAAAUCCUUCCGAUCCCCGCGGAUUCAACGCUGAGGAAGAGGAGGAGGCGAAGAAAUCGGAAAUUGUCAAGAGAUGACGUCGUCGAGCUCGCCGUGCGCGGCGUGCAAGCUGCUGCGGCGCAAGUGCGCGCCGGAGUGCGUGUUCGCGCCGCACUUCCCCCCGGACCAGCCGGCGAAGUUUGCUAACGUGCACCGCGUGUUCGGCGCCAGCAACGUGGCGAAGCUGCUGAAGCAGCUCCGGCCGGAGCAGCGGGAGGACGCCGUCGUGUCCCUCGCCUACGAGGCGGAGGCGCGCCUCCGCGACCCCGUCAACGGCUGCGUCGGCUACAUCCACCUCCUCCAGCGCCGCCUCAGAGAGCUCCAGCACGACCUCUCGCUCGCCGAGAAGGAACUCUCCAACUACCUCCUCGUCCCCGCCGCCGGCCCCCACUUGGUCGGCCUCCCCCAUUACGCCUUCAAUCCCAGCUUCGCCGGAGGCAUCAACGGGGUCGCCGCCCCGAUGGCGAUGAAUAGUACAGACCCGGUGCUGCCAGUGGGGAUGCUGUACGAUCGGACGGGCAGCUUCGGAGCGACAGCAGCAUUCCGGCUGCCGGCGGUGCAGUUGUUGAACGGCGCCGGUGGAUUUGGAGCAUUGUUAGAGCAGCAACAGCAGCGGCAGUACCAUAAUCCUGAGCAAACACACGGCGAAGAGUAAGAUUGAUGGUUUAGGUCAUUUUUUAUCAUUAAUUAAUCAAAAUCAACAACAUCAAGAAAGAACAAGAUAUCGAAGAUAAAAUUUACCUCCUCCGUAUUAGUCCUGGAACAGAUUGAUUGGGGUGCUGAGAGCGAACGUAUUCAUCUUUUGCCAUCAAAAUAUUGAAGAUAAAAAAAUUAAGGGUAUAUGGAUACACAUACGGUAUAUAUGUAAUGCUAUUAUGUAUUCUUUCUCUCUCUCUUUCCCUGUAAAUUAAUCAGAUAAAUAUAUAUAUUGACCUAAGCAUUUGCACUGUGAGUAAG